GACUUUUGAACUGGUUUUAGAUUUUACAGAUUUUACUACUUUGAAAUUCAGAACUUCUUGAAAACAUGUCUGUAGAGGAGGAAGAUUGUCCACCUCUGUUGGAAACAUGUGCUGGAGAAAGAGGAAAUGAAGAUGAUGACUCUGAUGGAUGGGAUGAAAUGGAAGUCAGUGGGGAACAAACCACCUGCUUAUUCUGCCCUCUCCAAUUUCACACAAUAGCUGUAGCACUAGACCAUUGUAGAUCUGACCAUAAUUUUGAUUUACUUUCAUUGAAAGCUAAAUAUGAUAUGGAUUGCUACUCAUAUAUCAAAAUGAUCAAUUAUAUUAGACUACAGAAGCCUCAUCCCAAAAUUCUUACAGAAUCUUCAGUUGCUCUUUGGGAGGAUGAUGUUUAUUUGAAACCUGGAGAUAUGGAGACCUGGCUCAUGUAUGAUUUUGAUGAUCUUGGGAGUGCACCAUCUACUCCACACUAUGCCAUAGAUGGUAAAGCACCUAUUAGUAACCUCAGUUUCUCAGAUUUACAGAGACAAAUACAAGAGUUGACAAUACAGUUGAAGCAUAAAGACAUGUUGCUGGAAAAUUGUCAUAAAGAUAUGGAACAUAUGAGAAAAGUUACCAAAACAAUAGUCGAUUCUGGUGACUCCCUGAAUAAAAAAAUUCCCAAUAAUGUGAUUUCAUCUGGCUGUGAUAGUAGUGAUUAUUUCAACUCAUAUUCUCAUUUUGGAAUUCAUCAUGAUAUGCUCAAUGAUGCAGUGAGAACAGAGGGCUAUAGAGAUGCAAUAUACAAAAAUAUAAAAAUGUUUGCUGGUAAAAUUGUUCUAGAUGUUGGUUGUGGGACUGGAAUAUUAUCAAUGUUUUCUGCUAGAGCAGGCGCUGAAAAAGUUAUUGGCGUAGACCAAUCUGAAGUUCUUUACAAGGCAAUGGACAUCAUUAGGGAAAACAACUUACAGGAUAAAAUCCAUUUAAUAAAAGGCCAACUAGAGAGAGUUAACCUUCCUGAAGACAAAGUGGAUAUAAUAAUUUCUGAAUGGAUGGGCUAUUUUCUACUGUUUGAAGGAAUGCUUGACAGUGUCAUUCAUGCAAGGGAUACUUUCCUGAAACCUGAUGGUUUGAUUUUACCAAACAGAUGUAAUAUCAGCAUUGUAGGAGUUGACGAUAUUGACAGGUAUAAUAAGGUAGUAAACUUUUGGGACGACGUCUAUGGGUUUUCAAUGAAAUGCAUGAAGAGUGAAGUACUUCGAGAAGCGUUUGUAGAAAUAGUACCUCCAGAAAAAGUCAUAACCAAUUCAGUGAUCUUGACUGAAAUCGAUAUAAGAACUUGCGACGUGAAUGCGUGUAUAUUCAGCUCAACAUUCACGUUAUCUGCACAUAAAGAUGGGAUGCUCACUGCUAUUGCAGGAUAUUUUGAUACAUUUUUCGAUUUGGAAACUGAAGUUCGGUUUUCUACUGGUCCACAUGCUACCAGAACCCAUUGGCAGCAAACUCUCUUUUAUUUGCCAGAUACCAUUGUUGUGAAGAAAGGAGACAGGUUGGAAGGGACAGUUUCUUGUACAAGAUUAACAAAAAACGUGAGAGGACUAUCAGUAACAAUCACAAUUGGCAAAAAUAAAUACCAUUACAGCUUAGAUUAAGGAAUCGAUCGUUCUUUUUUGUAAGUUUUGUAAUUAAAUUGCAGUCUAUUAC